AUGGAGGGAUACUCUAAAGAAGAGGCUGAUCGCCUGCUAAGAGUAGAGCUAGACAAGAUUGUGACAACAAAGAUAUACAAGCUGGAAGGCGAUGAAAGGGUAUAUGUAAUGCAGCAGAGGCUGUUUGAGAUUCUAGACAGUGCAAAAAACACGGCCGAGGAGGUUGACAUGGCUGUGCGGCAGUGUGUGGUGUACUUUAUAAGAUCACUCAGCAAAAAAAAGAUCCUUGAGCUGAAGAUACCAGAGGGCCAGAAAAGCUCUUUAGUGUGGGUGCUUAAUAAUGCAUAUCCAAUGGACAGCACGCGGAAAAGCUACAGUAUGUUUUUGCCGCUGGUGAAGAUGUACAAAAACCGGGUGGAGAGUGACAGCAUGGGAAGGUGUGUGAAGGACAUGAUACCUGACGAGUUUGCAGACCUGGUGUUGGAUGAGCUUAUAUUUUGGGCCAACGUGCACAGCUAUGCGCAGAGCCUUCCACCGGUUGAAAGGAUUGUAGAGCUGAAAGAGGACAUCUCAUGCACAAAGCUGCUAGAGGUUGCACUGGACACAGUGAAAGUGUAUGAGUACAAGUUGGCCCAGAUACAGCGGCUUGUCCCCAUGCUGAUACCGCGGUGCAAGAAAAUAUCAUUCCACCACAUACAUGAGGACUCCGCAGAUACUAUUGCUGCAAAGAUAGAGAAAAGCAGUCUUCCUCUGAGCCAGAUGAUAGACCGGUCUAUCAAAAGAGUGCUUGAGAGCCUGAAGAAUCCAGAGUGGGAUCCGUAUGCGUGCAAGGAUGUAAAGUUUUUGAAGGGCAUCCUUGAUAGGUGGAAUGGGCCCAGCAAGGCGUGCUACAACCUGCCGCUUGAGUACUACAGAGAGAUUCUGACUGCGUAUGCGGCAAAAGACGAGCACAUGAUAUACAGCAAGCUAUCCGAGUACAGCAGCUAUAUCAGAACUCUGCGGUAUGUAAGCAUGCCGCUUUCUAAGUGUGUGUCAAAGAAAACUGCAUAUAUGGAUGGAGACCUGCAUGGAAGAGACUUGUUCCUGCAGGCAUACAUGCGCAUGCCCAAUGACAUGGACCCUAUCCCGCUAGAACUUAUUCCGCGGGCGUCCACAGCUAAAUGCCUCACAAAGACCCAGCUGGUGUUUAAUCUGAUUACUUCUACAGUCCUUGAGCUGUCUUGCGUGUUCUUUUUGUUUGCCUCGUCUGCAAUGCUGCUGGAUGUUUCUGGAGACACGUCAGUGAACUUCCAUGGGUUUACUGUGUGGGGGUGGAAAGACACUCUGGCAUUCCUUGGGUGGCGAGGACUGUGCCUGGGGAUAUACACGAUGUGUUUGUAUAUAGCGCACAAGCAAAUUGACCGGUGGUUUGGGCUGCUGGGCAUGGACUCCAUAGAGAGAAUAAAGCUCUUCUUCUUAGUUGGUGUGAUUAUUGCAUCCACAGCUGCAGGGUAUGCAGUUGCUGUGUUCGCACCUGGUAUUAUGACAAGUCCUUCAAGCAUUAUUGUUCUGUACACAAUGGGUGCGGUGCUUAAAAUAUCUAACUUAAUUGACAUAGUAGUGCGGAGAACAACCUACAAAACACGCGAAGUGAUAUCAAGCACUUGGCCAACCACAGUGGCUUCUAUACUGAUAUUCCUGGCUAUUUUCUUUAUUAUGCAUAUUAAAAGCAUAACACAGACAGUGUCACCAGCAAUUUAGUGGUGGUAGACACAGUAUGCAUGCAGAUAAGGCGCCUGGCGUUGGUUAUAAAUCACACCAACUUCUCUGCGCAUGCACUUCAGGUUAUUACGCA